ACUCACAGCAGUCACCCAACGCUUCUGGUCUCGACUCUCGACUCUCAAGACUCUAACAAGAAAGCAAAGCGACGUUAAAAGCGAGGAAAGGCAAAUUUUAGGAUCAAGAAGGAGGUAGAGACAAAUCGAAGAAUGGAAGCCAAAGGAGGAGGAGGAGGAGGAGGAGGCGCAGGAGGGAUGAGGCGAGUUCAUAUCAUUUACUUUCUCAGUCGAAUGGGUCGAAUCGAGCAUCCCCACCUCAUCCGUGUUCAUCACCUGAGUCGAAAUGGCGUCCAUUUGCGAGAUGUUAAGAGAUGGCUUUCGUUUUUGCGAGGAAAAGACAUGCCAGAUUCUUUUGCUUGGUCGUACAAAAGGAGAUACAAGAUGGGUUAUGUAUGGCAAGACUUGAUGGACGAUGACCUCAUAACUCCAGUCGCAGAUAAUGAAUACGUCCUCAAAGGAUCCGAAAUCCCCGUCGUCCCCUUUUAUAGCUGUUCAUGCUGUGAAAAGAAAUCUUUAACACAAAAAACCGAUGGUGAAAAACUGGAACCCAAGAUAGAAAUCCCUCCCAGGACCACUGAAAUCGAGGAAGAAAGCUUAGAACCGCUCAACUCGAAAACGUCGACGGUGACGGACGACUCAACCAAAUCGAAUUCAGGCUUCACGCAUGAAGAGAAGCAGCAGGAACCCAAGGAGAAGAUUGACGAAACGUUGUUGCCCGGAUCAUUGCUGAGAAAGAAGAGCAAGAAGAACAUAGACAAGGCCGAACCAGCACCAGCAGCAGUAGCGUCGACGAGAUCUCCGUUACUGAAGAGCAAGAGCUACUCGAGCGGAGCUUCUCUCGUGUUUCGAAACCUAAUGGCGUGCCGUACAGUGGACACGAACGAUUCAGUGGUGGUCAGUCGGGUUCAUGAAGCUUCCAGGAAUCCUUCCUCUGAAGCAAAGAUCUGUAAAGAGAAGAAGAUGGGUGGGUCCGAGAGGAUCCUUGUUGGUAGUGCAUGGAACCAACAACAACACGACAACGACAUAACAAUUUGGACAGAAGAGAAGAAUGCGAAGAAGACGACGAGUGAAUCAAAUCAACCCACAAAUCAGAAAACUGGCCAGCAGCUGUACUGCUUACAAGCCAGUCGUCGCCGAGACACAUUGCUCUAAGUGAACAAUGAGCUGCGAUAAUAAAUUGAAGAUAACAGUACGGUUUGCAUGAAAUUUGGUGGGGUUGCAGAAGACCUGUAAAGGAAUGAAAGCCUCAAGCAAGAAUGGAAGUUCUACCUUGUACGAGCUGCCACAACUGUCGUACAGUUCUGGCUCAGAAGAUGUCGGUCAUCCUUCCUUGCAAAGACCAAAAACAAACCUCUCGUUCCACGAAGAAGAUUUCUUUUUACGGACGCAUUAGAGGUCAUGAAGGGAACUGGAGUUGAGGGUGUUCAUUGUGACAGCUUUUUUCUUUAAUUCUUUCUUUUAAGAAAAUGAUGUUGCAGCUUCGAGAAGAAACAACGAAUUGGGAGAAAUGCAAUUAUAGUAU